UUUUGGAGCCUGUCACCCAAGAAUAUCAAGCCCUGAGGGAUAAGUAUGAGAUGGCAAUCCAGUGUCAGUAUGAAGCUGAGAAUUAUGCUUCAAAAUUGAAUCAGAAGAACAAAGUUCUAGCAAGGCAGAGCCAGUUACUAAUGAGCAAAGUAGGACAACUGAACAUUGUGGAGGUGAAUUUUGAGGAUGACCCAAUUAACUCUGAUGAAACUGAGUAUCACAAAGGUCUAGACAGGAAAAUCAAAGAACUUCUGGAAGAGAAGAGUGCACUCACGGCUCAGGUGAAGAGUUUAUAUGAAGAUUACCAGAUAGAGAAAGAAAGGAGCAACCAGCUGAAAGAGAGGCUAGAGGCUUGCAGAGCUGAGCUGAAGGCAGCCAAGAGCACUAUAGCAACACAAGAGAGUACCCUACAGCAACUGGCUAAGACUUCUGAGGCUGCCUGCAAGGAAUAUGAAGAUCUACAGAAGCAGUUUGAGCUAGAAUAUACUGGUCGCACUCAAGUGGAAAAAAUGGCUAAUAAUCUUUAUGCUGAGAGAGAAGCGGCUCGCCGUCAGAGUGCAAUGCUAAUGAAAGACAUUGGGAAUGAUAACAAGCUCAUGGAAGCAUUGAUAGAAGUAGAGGAUGUUACAACAAAAAUGGAAGCAAUGAAAGCUGAGUUAGAGAACAAAAUCAAGGCCCUACAAGAUGAACUAAAAGCUCAGAAAGAGAGUUCUGGUGUGGAUAACCUGGAGAGAGAAAUCGUCCAGCUGACACAGGAAAGAGAUUCACUCUUGCAAAGACUUGAAGAGGCUGAGCAUUCUUCUGAAGAGCUGAGGUCCCAGUAUUCUUUGUUGACCAAUCAGUAUGCAGAUCUUGAGAAGAAGUAUGACAAUGUCACCAACAUAGUACCACCAAGGCCACCUCCACCACCUCCACCUCCACCCAUUUCAAAAACUGGAGGGUUUCUGGCUAAAAUUACAGGAGGAAAGAAAAGGAAAAUUCAGCAACAGUUGGCACUUGGUGGAGCUGAGGUCAGCAAGGAUUAUUCAAAAGCAGUUGAUGAGAUGAUGAAACGAAUUAAACAAGGAAAUAUUGGCUUAAGACCUGUACUCAAGAAAAGAACAAAAUCAUGCCCUGAAGAAGAAGAAGAUGGGAAGGCAAUGAAGGAGUUACAGAACAUUCUGAACAAAAUGAAAAAAGCCCGCAGUGAAGAGGACUUGGCCGCCAUGGAGGAAAAUACUCUAGAUGAAAAUUCAGAGCUUGCUUUGGCUUUUAAGAAAAUUCAGCGUGCCAGGCAAGACAAAAAUGACAAGCCUAGACCUGCACCAAGAAAUAAAUUGUCCAGCAUCACAGAUGAGCAGGAGCAGUAA